GGGAGAGUGCGGGGCAGGUGGCGGAGAGGGAGGGCGCUCGGCGGAGCGCCGAGGCCAAGUGCAUUGUGUCUGGCGGCGGCGAGCCCACCGGCGGCUGCUGCUGGCCGGGAAGCCAUGGAGCCACGGGCGCUCGUCACGGCGCUAAGCCUCGGCCUCAGCCUUUGCUCCCUGGGGCUGCUCGUCACGGCCAUCUUCACCGAUCACUGGUACGAGACCGACCCCCGGCGCCACAAGGAGAGCUGCGAGCGCAGCCGUGCGGGCGCCGACCCCCCGGAUCAGAAGAACCGCCUGAUGCCGCUGUCGCACCUGCCGCUGCGGGACUCGCCUCCCCUGGGGCGCCGGCUGCUCCCCGGCGGCCCCGGGCGCUCAGACCCUGAGUCCUGGCGCUCGCUGCUGGGGCUCGGCGGGUUGGACGCCGAGUGUGGCCGGCCGCUGUUCGCCACCUACUCCGGCCUCUGGAGGAAGUGCUACUUCCUGGGCAUCGACCGGGACAUAGACACCCUUAUCCUGAAAGGUAUUGCACAGCGAUGCACAGCAAUCAAGUACCACUUUUCUCAGCCAAUCCGCUUAAGAAACAUCCCUUUCAAUUUAACCAAGACAAUCCAGCAAGAUGAAUGGCACCUGCUUCAUCUAAGAAGAAUAACAGCUGGCUUCCUGGGCAUGGCGGUGGCUGUCCUGUUGUGUGGCUGCAUUGUGGCCACUGUCAGCUUCUUCUGGGAGGAAAGCCUGACCCAGCAUGUGGCUGGACUCCUAUUCCUCAUGACAGGGAUAUUUUGCACCAUCUCGCUCUGCACGUACGCCGCCAGUGUCUCCUAUGAUUUGAACCGGGUCCCGAAGCUAAUUUACAGCCUGCCUCAUGAUGUGGAACACGGCUACAGCUGGUCUAUCUUUUGUGCCUGGUGCAGCUUAGGUUUUAUUGUGGCAGCUGGAGGUCUCUGCAUCGCUUAUCCGUUUAUUAGCCGGACCAAGAUUGCACAUCUAAAGUCUGGCAGGGACUCCACGGUAUGACUGUCUGCACCGAAGAAGGCCCGGCUGCGGAACGGAGCGGGUCUGAGCUCCAUUAGGGGGCAGAACUGAGUUCACAUCAGGGUUCCAAGCACAAUGAGGUCUUUUACAUUCCAACCUGUUGCCUGCAGCCCUUUCCGGAUGACUGAUAGAAAAUCAUGCAGAACUUCCCAACCUUUCUAAGGACAAGACAGCAGUGGGUUCAAGUGCUUUAAAUGACUGUUUAUGCUUUGAUUGUGUGGAGUGAGGAACUCGCUGCAGGACAUUUGUGGGCAUCAGAAAAGAGGAACAGCGGUGGAAAAAAUUUGUAUGGUUUCCAUUUAUUUCAGAAAGUUUGUAUAUAACGAUUACCCGAGAGUCGUUUCUAUUUGCAAGAGGAUUCAUAACAAAACGAGUAUAAUUUUCUUGUCACUGUGCCAGGCUUGUUGGAUUUUAAUGCAGCAUCUUCAGAACUCGUCCUGAUGGCGUCUUGUUGUGUCAGCACCUGAUAUUUGUGCAUUAUUUGUGAAUGUUCCUUGUCACAAGAGGAUUCUCUUCUGCCGCCUUAUUACUUUUAAUGAAUUGAAGUCCACUCUCUGUCUUUGUACUGGAGUUCAAACGCAUAAGAAUGACAGACAGCCGUGUAAGAGCUGAUCCGGAACACUAUGCAGCAUCGUUUGAAGUCUUCUCUGUUGUUUGGCUUGCGUCUCUUUAUGUUAACUGGAUUUCUGCAUUAAAUGACUGCCCUCUUGUUAAUUUA